GCCAGACAGGCUGGCUCCAGAGGACACAGUGUGACCCACAUAGCUGGGCUGAGUGGGGUGGGCAGAUAGGGAGGAGAUGUGAGUUCUUCUCUCUGGUGUUUGUGCCUUUUGUGUUGAAUACUUGAAGGGAUGACAAGCAAACAGAUGUCAUGGCAUCCCCAGUACCGGAGCUCCAAGUUCCGCCACGUCUUUGGCAAACCAGCCAGCAAGGAGAACUGCUACGACUCGGUGCCCAUCACCCACAGCGUCCAGGACAAUCACUUCUGCGCUGUGAACCCCUAUUUCAUUGCAGUGGUGACUGAGUGCUCCUGCGGAGGGGCCUUCUUCGUCAUUCCCCUGCAUCAGACGGGAAAAUUGGACCCCCACUACCCAAAGGUCUGCGGGCACAAAGGGAACGUCUUGGACAUCAAGUGGAAUCCUUUUAAUGAUUUUGAGAUCGCCUCCUGUUCUGAAGAUACCACAAUUAAGAUCUGGGACAUCCCCAAGCAGCUGCUGACGAAGAACCUCACAGUCUGCAAGAAGGAGCUGAUAGGCCAUACCCGCAGGGUGGGCCUGGUGGAGUGGCACCCUACGGCCGCCAACAUCCUCUUCAGCUCUGGCUACGACUACAAGGUGAUGGUCUGGAACCUGGACACAAAGGAGUCUGUAAUCAUGAACCCCGUGAGGACAAUUGGCUGCCACCAAGGCGUGAUCCUCUCUAUGUCCUUCAACACCAAUGGCAGCCUGCUGGCCACCACCUGUAAAGACCGCAAGAUUCGGAUACUCGACCCCCGAGCAGGGGCCGUCCUCCAGGAAGCCAACUGCACGGGGCACCGAGCCAACAAAGUGCUGUUUCUGGGGGACCUGAAUAAGCUGCUGUCCACGGGCACAUCACGAUGGAACAACCGGCAGUUGGCCGUGUGGGACCAGGACAACCUCUCCGUGCCUCUCUCAGAGGUGGACCUGGAUGGCUCCUCAGGCGUGCUGUUUCCCUUCUAUGAUGUAGACACCAAAAUGCUCUACGUGGUGGGGAAGGGAGAUGGAAACAUUCGCUACUAUGAGGUGAGCGCCGACAAACCUCACCUGAGCUACCUGACUGAAUACCGCUCCCUUACCCCACAAAAGGGGAUCGGUAUCAUGCCAAAGAGAGGUCUCGACGUCACCUCCUGCGAGAUUUUCCGCUUCUACAAGCUGAUUACAACCAAAGGCCUCAUCGAGCCUAUAUCCAUGAUUGUACCUCGGCGGUCGGAGUCUUACCAAGAGGACAUCUACCCACCCACGGCAGGAGCCCAGCCCUCUCUGACAGCCCAGGAGUGGCUCCGUGGGAUGAAUAAAGGACCAGUUCUGGUGUCCCUGAGGCCCUGCUCUGAGCUGCUGAGCCCCCAGCCACUGCUCCCCGAGAGACCCCCAUCUGAGCCCACGACCCCCUUCAAUCAAAAAGAGAAGUUGGUUGUAGAAGAUGGUCAGAAGCCCUUCUCCCGGAUGGAAGAGAAGGUGCCAAGGCAGGCAGCAGAACACAGGCUGGAAGAGAAGAAAACACGGCUUACAAAUGGCUUCGACAUUGAGUGUCCCCCACCAAAGACAGAGAACGAGCUGCUACAGAUGUUCUAUCGACAGCAGGAGGAGAUCCGAAGGCUCCGGGAGCUAUUGACUCAGCGUGAGGUCCAAGCCAAACAGUUGGAACUGGAGGUCAAAAACUCUCGGAUGAGCUCAGAGAGGUUCUGAGCAGGGAUCUCUGCUCUCCCCGCCCUCAGGGACACCACUCGGCUCCAUGGGGAGGUCCAGAACCAAACCACAAGUCCCCCAAGAACAACCACUAUUUCUAUAUUUUUUACCAGAAAACGAAAAACUCUCGGUUGCUGAAAGAUUCCAGUGGGGGGAUGUGGUGCCCUUUUUCUAAUUGCCUUCUCAAAACAAUGAUGUCUGAAUUGACUCUUUUUAGACAAUAACUUGCCUUCCGUUUAAUUCUGUCUUUAAGGGUCUACAGUGAGCUAUUACUUCUCAAGGGAAAGAGCAUUGUAUAAAGUUAGAGCUGGAGGGACCCGAGAGGGGGACCUGCCUGUGAUUCACAAGUCGUGGUCCACAGAAUGGGAGAAAGCCUCAGCAGGAGGGCCGUGGCCCCCCUCCACCCCAUUCCAACCAGAUAGCGCCCCUUCUUCCCGAUUUAUAUAUUGGCUUCUGUGGAAUACAUAAUGCUGCUUCUGAGAAAACAUUUAGAAGUUUGGAAAACCAACGAUCUGGCCCAACUUCUUCAUUUUACAGGUGGACAGACUGAGGCCCAGAGAGAGACAAGUGAUCAAGGUCCUCAGAGGGUUCGUGGCAGGGCGGGGUCAAGCUUCUGGUCUGCUGGGUCUGUCUUUCGGCUGUUUCUGGCCUGAUGCAGCUCUCAGCCCAUGGGGCAGGAAUCCCUUUGUUCCGGCUGGGCCCCUGACUUGCUCAGUUUCCCAUAUGAACCCAGUCACAAUUUCUCCAUAUGAACCUGGGGACCCUGGGGUGUGCUGCCCUCUACAGGAUCUGCCAUCAGAGACAAGAAACUUUGGCAUUGACCUGAGGAAAACUAUCUGUAGGGUGAAGAUCUGGGUCUGCCGAAGGAACUCACAUGACAUUGGUGAACGGGCAGAGGAAAUUUAACUGUGGGGAAAUAAGUCAAGCUUUGGCCCGAUGCUAGAACACAGAUAGGAGGCCAAAACCAUCCUCUCUUCAACCAGAAUCAGCCAAAUGUGGGCAGACACCAUCCCUUAUGUAGGGGAGCAGACAUCAGAGUGGUGCCCAUGACCACUGACUGCCACCACCAAAGCCCUCAGGCCACAGAGCCUGCCCGGUCCAGAGGAUAUAGGCAGAUUUCGGUUCAGGAAGAAGGGAGCCUCAGCCCUGCAGUGUGCCAGCAGAGCCUUCUGGAGAGGGAUGACUGCACUAGGCAAGGAGGUAGGGCCAGAUAACCCUGAAGUUCCCCUUCUAGCCUGAAAGUUUUUACAUGUCCCUCCUUUGUGAAUCUGUGUUCUGAGCCCAUUCUCUAAAGUUCUUUCUCAGUGGUCCAUACAGCAGCCCAGCUGAGAUGGAGAAUGUUGGAAAUUGAAUGUGCCCUCCUGACUGAGGAGAUACAGUCGAUGAGUUUUGCCCACUGCACAGGCCAACACUGGAGCUAAGAUGACAUCUGGAGGAGGCCACCUAUCCUGGGAGAUUUCAACCCAGGCUGUACAUUAGAGUCCUCCUAGGAGUGUUCGAGAAAUACAGAUGCCCACACCCAAAUCCAGACCAGUCGAAGCUGAAUCUCCUGAGUGGGGCCUGGCUUUGUGCAUGUUGUUAUAAGUUCCCAGGUCAUUCUGCAAUACGGUGGGGAUGGAGAGCCACUGGGUUAGCCCAUCUGUACCCAUCUGCAGUAAAGAUGAGGACAGUGAGCAUCAGACAAGCUCUAGGACUCCAACUCCAUUCCAGGUUGGAAGCAUCAACCCAUGUCUCUCUGGGACCCCUGGCUACAACUCAAUGAUGGCUCUGUGCCCCUGAGUGCCCCCUCCCCUAACCGUGGCUUGGUUCCCUUGUCUGCCUACACAUGCUAGAUGCCCAGAUUCCCUAGCUUGUUUACUCAGUCAGUGGGGCUCACCAAAGGCCAAAGACCAAAUCCCAGGUAUUGUGAGGGAAGCAGAGCUCCCCUGGGUGGGGUUACCUUUCCCACCUCAUUUGUGGCCAGCACUUCACAGUUUACAAAGCCCUCCCACCUCCACUCACUGGCACAUCCAACUCUAAUUCUAACGUGGGCCGGGCAGGCAUUAUCCCCAGGGUCAGAAUAAUGACAGUAUCCCCAUGUCAUUCUCCCAGAAUGAAGAAGUAUCAUGCCCACAGGCACUGGCUGCAGAGAGCUGGAGGUGGGGCUGAGUCUGGGGAGCAUCCCCAGUGCCUCCUCUGCACAUAACCUUCUGGAACUCUCCCGACCCCUAAGGGACCCAGACAUCAUGCUCAAAAACAAUGUGAAGGCAUCUAUGAACAAACUUGUUUUUUGGGUUUGCUUUUUUUAAAACGAAUAAAUUAUUUAAAUUAUUUCACAGCAAGGGAGAGGGAUAGUAAUUUUUAACAAAUAUUUUUUAAGCCAUUUUUUUUAUUGCAUUUUUUGUUUAUGUUCUUGACUGAUGAAGUAGAACUUGCCCAGCAUCUGCAGGGCCAGGCCCUCACACUCCAGGCAAGCAGAACGUGCGCUCAUCUCUUUACUCCAUACCCUGGGACCCCGCCAACUGUUGACUCAGGAACUUUCUGAGAAUGAAGAUAGCUCUGGGAGAUGAGCAUUGGGGCAUAUCCACCUUAGCGCUACAAUAAAUGUUCUUCCUGGAACAAGAUUUAAGAUUGUAUCAUAGAAGGAAGAAGGAAAUCAAAAAUAAAAUAAAUCUAUGCUUUUAAUAUGAAACCGUGCCUAAAAUAGUUUGAUUGUUUUAAUGUUGUUUCUGAAAUUCCUUUUACCUUUGUAAAAAAAAAAAAAAGAAAGAAAGAAAGAAAGAAAAGAAAAA